CGAUGACCAUAAAAGGUAGUGAUGACAACUUCAAGAAAGAUGUAGGAAGUCAACGAAAAUAGAUGUCUGCAGGAAGAAAGACAAAACCGAGUGCUUCGCAAGAGGAUUCUAUUCCAGCAAAAAAGCAAUGCAUGGACUUGCAUUUCCAUGACGACUCUUCCGUUUCAAAGUUUACGUGGCCAGACGAUGGGUCAUAUUCAUGGCAAAUUUGUGAUGCGGAUGCAGGUGAUAAUUCGAACCCGGCAACUCGAGAUAACUCAAAUCCACCGAGUUGUGGUAACUUAAAUCCACCAAGUUUAGAAUCUACUAAGACAAAUAAUUCUUCGAGCAGUGAAUCAUUGGAUAAUAAGAAAUGGAUCGAAAAUGCAUUCAAACAAAAUUCUACCAAGUCGACUGCUCCUUUUUUAACCCCAAAAAGUUGCAGGACUCCAGACAAUUCUGAAAAUGAUUUUUCAUCACCGAGCACAUUUAGCACAUCGGCAGAAAGUAUUCGCUCUUCGCCAAUUGCACUCACUCACAAAAACACAAAACAAUCCGACAGAAAAUUGCGUUCUCCUUGCAGAACACCAAACAACUCUGAAAAUGAUCUUUCAUCAACCAGCAUAUGUAGCGCAUCAUCAGAAAGUAAUCGAUCUUCAUCAAGCACAGUCACUCACAAAACCACAGAACAAUCCAGCAGAAGGCUGUAUUCUCCAAGCAAAACACCAGAGAAUACUAAAAACGAUUUUUCAUCAACGAGCACACACAGCACAUCAGAAGUGAGUAAUCGUUCUUCAGCAAGCACGGUCACUGAAAGUAAUUUGUCAACAAGCACAACUUUUGAAUACGAUUCUUCGUCAUCAAACACAAGCAUUGCAAGUAGUCAACUUUCUGACAGCACUAUAUCGCAGAAUUCUCAGGGUGACCUGCCUCAAGGCAUAAAAUCUAAAAAAUCUGUCGGCUCGACACACAGAUCAGCCACAACAAAACAAACACGCCUAACCGAUUCGAGUGAUAGUGAUUCGUGUGAGAGUGAUUCAUGUGAAGGUGAUUCAUUCCUAGACCAAGACAUGAAAGCAACAAAAAAAGUAAAAACAAACUAUCCUGCUGCAAUGAAAGAACAAGAUGCAAAGGGACAAGAAAAAAUGUAUGAAAACAACGACAAAGAGGUAACAACCAUUUUUGAGAAUGUGGAAAGUGAUAAAAUUAAAGAGAGGUAUAAAUCAAUAGGGAAUACUGAAGAUAAAUUGAGUGAUGACGCGAGUAAUUAUUCUGAUGACGAAGAAUAUUACUGCAACAGCUCUUAUUCUGGUAGUGGUGAGGAAUAUGAAAUUUCGGAUAAGUCUGUACAAUGUAAUGGCAUAUCUCCUCUUCAUAUCAAAACAAAGGUUGAUAGGCAAGCGUUUGUAAUGAAGAUCAUGAAAGCAUUCAAAUGCAACUCUCUUUAUGACUCAUUCUGCUUUACUUUGCCUCGAUCAAAGGAUACAAUAGACGGAUACAAUAUGACAGUCAAUGGAAUACUGAGUCUGGCCGAUCAGUGUAGGUUUGGUCUAAUCGAGUCGACCACGAUGAACUUUCCAAAUGACGAAUCAAUAGACUUCGCAGAAGGAGUUGUCGAGGAUAUGAGGAAGAGAUAUAAGGAAUUGUGUGGCGGGGGAGAAAAUAGUAACAAUGAUUCACACCAUUCGUCAGAAGAAAGCACAAGUAGUAUUCUUGAGAAGGAAGUAGACAAUGAUCUUCCCCAUAAUAUUAUAUUCAUGGUCUCCGAUGGCAUCAAAGACAUUGUGUCGACCUGGAGUGGGCAAUUUCAGGUCUCUACUAAUCCGGUCACAUAUAUUAUGUCGCUCCGAAUGUUCGAUUAUAAGCCUUCAUUUUCAAAUAAUAUUUGCCCGGUUUCCCGCCAGAAACAAUUAACGGAAGAACUGUGUCAAGAUAUAAUCAAUGAAAUGGAAAAGUUCGAAUGUUCAAGACAGCUGCGAUUGGAUGUAGAUUUCCGAACCUUUGAAAGUCUUACAUUUUUCAAGUGUUCCGAGAACGAAGCCUUGCUACUUAUAAAUAUACGAAGUCCAGCUACAUUCUGCCAAAGACUCGUAAAUACCAGCGCCAUAGACAGAAACGAUUGGCAACCAAGAGACAAUUUUCUCCCUUUCGAACAUGGAUGUUAUCAGGAUUACGUUUUGGCGCUAGGGGGUGUAGUCUCUGAACUUUCACGUAUAGCAGCACAGAUUACUGUAGCAUGUCCAAGCGUUAAAAUUUUGAACAAAGAUAUAAAUGAGUUUUUGCUCUAUCACAUCUCGGUAGAUUCCUUGGGGAAAUAUAGAAAUUUAGAAAUUGACAACAGACACAGAAAAUCCAUUAACCUGUCAGUUGACCGACGUAAUAGUAUCAUAGAUGUUUUGGAAAGAAAUCACAUACUUUUAAAGAACAAGUGCGAAGAACUACGAAAAAAUAUAACAAUAACAGAAAUAAACCCUAGAAUAGGCUCCGAAUGUAAUUGUCUGGAUGGUACUGAUUUCCAUCCAUGUUUCGCUGACUAUUUGAAUUAUAAAUGUUUAGAUGUUAGUGAACUAGAGCAUCAGCUGUCUAGAAGAUGUAAUAUUUUAGAGAAAAUUGCUGAUGCCAGACAUUCGGAUUACAAUCCAGACAGCCAGAACAUUAGCGUUGCACAAUACCUGGCUUCAAAUUCAGAUUCUAAGUUUUAUUAUUCUUUCUGUAGCUCAGAAAUUGUUCCCAGCGACACCUGGCAUUGUAAAGUAUGUGGUAAAUGCAAUCAAGAAAACGAAUGGCACUGUCCAAAGUGUGACAAAUGUUCAAAAGCACAACCAGCGUGUCAGCACUGUGGAUAUGCGGGGUAUACAUAUAUAAUUAAACCAGGCUCGGUAGAUGAAUCCACGGCUCCUAAAUUGGAGUGGAAAAUCAACUUAAGUACAACAGAUGUUCCUGAUUGGUCCGUUACUCUCGACCAUUCAACCGAAAAAGCUUCCUUCAGCAUGGACGAUUUCAUGCAGGAUGAGUUUGGAUUGAUUGAUCCAAUGGCAUUUUUGUUGGGUUCUGAGGCUAGAGGAGGUGGGAACAGACAGGGUCGUCGAAGACAAAAAUAUGAGAAAAAGAUUGAAGGAAAUCCUAAAAUGUUAGCUGCAGCAGGAUGUGUAUUGCAAUAA